AUGAACAUCUGUGACGAAAAUGGAACGGAAUAUUUCACUGUUACCUGCACAGGAGACACCUAUUGUUCCGAAGAUGUUCUUGGAGCAGCGACGUGCGGUGUGGAUCAACCAACCGGUUGUGACGCGAAUCCAACCCCUCCAGAAACAUCACCGAUUCAACCGCUCGUGUGUACCUCAGAAGGCUUCUUUCCCGAUCCAUAUAACUGCAACGUAUUUCACUACUGCACUGGUUAUGGACUCGAAUCGAAGUUCCAGACUUGCCCCGGAGAUACUGUGUUCAAUCCGGAGUUCAAUUCCGAUUCUCCGUGCAAGGUAAAAGUCAAUGACGAGACUGACUGCCCACAGGUGAAUUGCACCGAGAGCACCACAUUCAAACAUUAUGGGACCAGCGAGAAAUAUUUCGCAUACUGUCGGGAAGCGCCUGAUUCUACGAUGGAUAAUCCCAAGGAAAUGAUUGUGUCCAUGUUCAAGUGUGUCGAAGGAACGAGCUUCGAUGGAGUGCAAUGCGUCUUUCAGUGCAAGGAAGAGGGAAAUUUUGCCAACCCUCUCAGCUCGUCUACUUACUACCAGUGUUACUAUUCGGAUGAGGUGCUCGUCGGAAGGAUGUUGAUGUGUCCAAGUGGAAGUCAGUUCGACGGAAAUUUGCAAGGCUGUCGUUGA